CCGCUCUGCCCUGGAAGCUGUUUACACUUCCACACCUGCUGCAGGCUGGUGUUCAACAUGUACUAUAUGUGCCUUAACGUUUAUGUUAUCUGUCUUUUGACUGAGUUAUUUUCAUAUUUUCAAUAGCAGACACUUCAACUAAUGGCUGACGUCACGAAUCCAGAAAAUGAAGGAGAUCUUCAGACUCAGAUUGAAGAGGUGGAGGCUCUGUCCUCUAUCUAUGGGGAGGAAUGGUGUGUCAUAGAUGAAGCAUCCAGAAUAUUUUGCAUCAAAAUAUCCGACGACUUAGAGGAGCCAAAACUGACAGCAUGCUUGCAGAUCAUUCUCCCGCAUGAUUAUCCGAGCGCCGCCCCACCUAUCUACCAGAUCAACGCAGCGUGGUUGCGAGGCCCCGAGAGGACCAAAUUGUCAAACAGCCUGGAAGACCUCUAUGUGGAGCAUGUAGGGGAGAGCAUCCUCUACCUGUGGGUGGAAAAAGUUCGGGAAUUCCUCGUGGAGAAAUCCCAGAGCUCAGAAACAGUGGAGCAGCCAGAGAAGGUGAACAUGACAGCUGAGGAGGAAGUGGAUGAUCCUGAAGACAUACCAGACCUCAAGACUCUCCAACUGAACACAGAACAUGCACAUCUGUUCAUGGAUCAUGCAAACGAUGAAGAGUUACCUCCCAUAAAACAUGGAAAUGCCAUUACAGACCGACGCAGUACCUUCCAGCCUCACCUAGCACCUGUGGUGACUCCCAGACAGGUUAAAAUGGUCUUGGGGAAGCUGUAUGAGAACAAGAAGAUUGCUAGUGCCACUCAUAAUAUUUAUGCUUACAGGAUUUACUGCGAGGACAAGCACAGCUUCCUGCAGGACUGCGAAGACGACGGCGAGACGGCCGCAGGGGGGAGAUUGCUCCAUUUACUGCAGAUUCUGGACGUGCGUAAUGUCAUGGUGGUCGUGUCUCGGUGGUAUGGAGGUAUUUUGUUGGGUCCUGACCGUUUCAAACACAUCAACAACUGUGCUCGCAACAUCCUGGUAGAGCAAGGAUAUACUGCCGCCAUGGAUGAGGCCACCAAAUCUGGAGCGAAGACCAAAAGGCCAAAAAGCAAGAAGACAAAAUGAAUUUCAGAAGAAGGAUAAAAGACUUCUUCAAACACAUUUUUACCGUCUUGUGAAAAGGUUGGUUUUAGCCAACUCACGUCUUAAUAGAGACAAAGAGGGAUUUCUUGCAAUUAAAAAUAAUGUAUUCAAAAUCACGACGGUAUUAAAAUGUCUUUUAGCCUUUUGAAUUGUUCAAAAUUGUUGUUUGAGCUAAUCGCUUUAACUCUGGACUUUAUAUUGACUAAGAAGCCUUGAAAUGAAAUGUUUACAGUACAUUAAAAUAAUCAAACCAUGAGAUUUGUAUAUCCAUCAGUUGCACUCUAGGAUUGUCGAUCCACUGUAUUAGCAAACCACAUAAUCAUUACACACUUAAAUGAAUGGUUUUGUUCACUAUUUUCAACAGCAAUGCUCCAUUAUGUCUUGAUUAUAAUGUGUGAAUACUUUCCUUGGAAGUGCUAAUUCAGCUUUCAGCCGAAUCGGCAUGUGAAUGAAAUUCAUACACAAUCCCUUCAGCGCUUCCAAGAAAUAUGAUCAGACAUUACUGCUUAACAAAAUGAAGUUCAUGAACUCUACACUCUAAUUGCCCUGACACAAGCCCCCAGGAAGAGCGCCAUGUCUUAAAGCCACCAUGGGCUUAGCGGAUAAGGGUGUUACUGCACUCCAUGGCCCAAAGAGACUUUUCACAUAGACUUUGCAUGGAGAAAGAAACUUAUAUAUUUCAGCGGAUAUUUUUUUUUGGGGUACAUCAGUUUACCAGCCCGAAAAACUUAAAGGGUCCUUGUUUAAGACGUCAUGUUUUUAACAUAGUCGAACUAAUAGCCGAAUCAGGAGUUAUUAAACUAUACAUUAUGAAUGCACAUAAUGGACGCGAGCAGACUGUACUGUGCAUGCUCAAAUGACUGUUCUCCCGGGGUCCUGUAGUUGUAAUAAUGGAUAAUACUAACACUAAUGGUUGUAAUUCACCAUGUGUUCUAUUAAUACAUCCAUGGUAUGUAUGCUGUAAAGCCUGUAAUGUGGAUGAGAGAUGAAGCCAUGGAUGUUAUUAAGAGAAGCUCUGUUCACAAAACUGCAGGCUAACCUUAGUAGCUAGCACAAGCUAGUAGCUAGUUAGUAGCACGACAUAAUUACAUCUCCUUGGUUGUCCUAAUACAUGCAUCGUUUAUUUAGCUAAGCAUGUAAACGAUGAGG